UAAAGCGAUUUCAGCGCAUGCAGGGACUCGUCCCUACGGCCACGGAUGGCAACAUGGCGACAGAGUUCCACAACCUGCAGGAGUUGAGGCACAGUGCGUCUCUGGCCAACAAAGUCUUCAUCCAGAGAGACUACAGUGAGGGAACCACCUGCAAGUUCCAGACCAAGUUCCCCUCCGAGCUAGAGAGCAGGAUUGAGCGGACACUGUUUGAGGACACUGUGAAGACGCUCAAUAACUACUACGCAGAGGCAGAAAAGAUUGGAGGCCAGUCCUAUUUGGAGGGCUGUCUGGCCUGUGCUACAGCAUAUCUUAUCUUCCUCUGCAUGGAGACACGCUAUGAAAAGGUAUUGAAGAAGAUAGCCAAGUACAUUCAGGAGCAGAAUGAAAAGAUCUAUGCUCCCAGAGGCCUGCUCAUCACAGAUCCCAUAGAAAGGGGAAUGCGUGUCAUAGAGAUUUCCAUCUAUGAAGACCGGGGCUCCAGUGGCUCCAGCUCAGGGAGCAGCUCUGUGUCCGGCAGUACCGCUCGAUGA